AAUGGGAUAUUUUUUGUGAAUAUUCUAGUCUUGGGUGUUUUCACCACGCCGUGUCUGGUAAUGACGCACCAACAUAGUCCCAAACACUUUCCAAGGAGAUGCAUAGUGGAAGAUAGAAAUAAAGUAGAUUGUGGAUAUCCCGGAAUACCUCGAGAAUACUGCUUAGCGGCAUAUUGUUGUUACGAUAAUACAACAACAAUAAAAGGCGUCGCCUGGUGUUAUAAAUCGUCAACUGAUAAUGGACUGACAAAAGCUGCCAUUGUUUUAUUAGCACGAGAUGGCGUUCCAUUUGAUGUACUCAGCGCUUUGUACGUGGAAAAAUAUCCUGGUUCGGAAUGGUUACUGGCUUUUAAAGAUGGAAAAAUUGACACCAAGCGAUUGUUACUGCUUGUAACCAGAGAUCGAAAAGCUUCAUUGAAUCCAUUCGUUGGGGAUAUUCUUGCAGGAAAAAAUCCUCUUGAUCGAGUGUUAGACCGAGCCGCUAGCGCUGCAGGAUUGGAUCGAACUACGCUAGAUCUUUUAAUUGAUAAAAAUUAUGGAGCUGUCCUGAGACAUCUAAUUGCACUUGCACAUGCAAAAAACAACAACACAUACUUUCCUGCAGAAACACUAAACAGACUUCUAUCGGGCAAAAAAGAUAAUCUCGGUGUAUAUAUGGUUAAUUACUACACCAAUAUUGUUCUACCAUAUGACCAAAAAGGGAAUCCAUUUCGAGACGCUUUCUACAGAUCUUUGUUUGCCGGAAAAGUUGAGGAUGCAAUAAUGUGGUCUUAUCUAUAUUCCAUUCAUAGUGAAUACCCACAGGAGGCAUUUUAUCCAAAUAAUACAAGAACAUUUGUUGGCGUGAUUGAAGAAUUUCAAAACAAAACUGAUAAAUUUAACAGGACGGAAUAUGAUAAAGUAGGAUUGGGAAUAAACAAUGAAUUUCAUAAAGGAAGUUCAUUUGAAGAUGUAUUUGGAGAAAAGGCCACCGAUUACGUCUGUGAGAACCACCCGGAAUACUUGCAAAUUCCUUGUCAAAAGUUAUAUGGAAGAGUAAUCGUAACAAGAGAGCAAUGCUAUGACGCUGGUUGCUGUCUUGAAAGAGAACAAAGGUCAAAAAACGGAAGAAAGAGAAGACGAAUAUGUUUUGAAAAUUAUUUAGGGAAUAUUGGUUUGAGACUUGCUUUCUCUGACGAAACUACAGAAGACAUGUAUAACUUUUUUCGAUUUGCAAGAAAAAAUUUCAUACCAUGGAUUCCAAACAAUCGAUUACCAGAAGCGUUUGAAAACUUUGUCGACAGUGGAAACACAAAUCCAUUCGACAACUUUUUCCCUACAUUAAUGCCGAUUGGGCCCCAUCCGUUGCGUCCAGAUUUUGUGUGGAAGCCGCACGCACCGACUGCUUUUCCUGCUCCAACUCGUCUACCAAACAGAUUUCUCGUUCCAACUGACGGAAGUUUAAUUAUAAAUGAACCUGAUAUCGAUGAUGAAGAGAAGGGCAUACUAACAUUUGGUUUCUUUGAGGACGAGUGUGAAGACGUUGAACCUGAAGAUCGAUUUCCGUGUAUUGAUAAUUCAGUCGCCCUCACUCGUGAAGGAGAGGAUGAAUGUGAUGAUUUGGAAUGCUGUUUUCAACCAGAUUACAGAAAUUUGUCAAUUCCAGCAUGUUUUCGAAGGAGAGAAUACGGGCAAUGCUACAAAGUGAAACCUCAAGAAAGAGAAGAAUGUGGAUUUUCGGGUAUAAACAGGACCACAUGCCUGGAGAACCCGCAAUGCUGUUACGACAGCACUGUUUCAUUGCAAAGUUUAUACAGCAGAGUACCAUGGUGCUACUACAAGAAAAAUGAAAUCAAUUAUGUUGUCAAUCGAAAAUCAUGUGUAGAAGUGAAAGGAUGUUGUUAUGAAAAAUUCAAGCUAUCAGCACUGGAUCGAAUUAUCGGAAUUGAAGAACCCCCACCAUGUUUCAAAGGCUUAGGUUAG